UAUGGUUUAGUAACCUAAACCCUUUAGUUUCACAUCCUCUUCGAUCAGAGCCGCGCCUUCUCAGAUUACUCGGAAUCAAACUUCUUCGAUUUCCCAUAUCUCUCAGAUUGGAGCUAUAGGAGCAAGUCAAUCCCAAUGUCGGCCCUUGUGGCGCUAUGCAGAGCUCGAGCUGCUUCCUCUUUGUUCAGCAGCCUUGUUCGUCCAGCAUUUCGCAGUCUCUCAACAGGUUUUGGUGAUGUGCAGAACAAAACACUUGUGGCAGAAAUGGAAGAAAAGAUGCUCCACAUGGACAUCAACUCAAUGAUAGGAAGUUCCAUGCCACUAGGAAUGAUGCGCAUAGGAACAAUCAUCCACAACAUCGAGAUGAACCCCGGGCAAGGUGCUAAGCUAGUCCGAGCUGCAGGAACAAACGCCAAGAUCCUAAAGGAGCCUGCUUCAGGGAAGUGCUUGAUCAAGCUUCCAUCAGGGGACACCAGGUGGAUCAACGCCAGAUGCCGUGCUACGAUUGGUACAGUGUCGAACCCGUCUCAUGGAGUGAAGAAGCUGUAUAAAGCAGGACAGAGCAGGUGGCUGGGGAUAAGACCCAAAGUGAGAGGUGUGGCGAUGAAUCCUUGUGAUCAUCCACACGGUGGUGGUGAAGGGAAGAGCAAGAGUAGUGGAAGCAGAGGAAGGACAUCGGUUAGCCCUUGGGGGAAACCGUGCAAAGGAGGUUACAAGUCAGCUAGUGUCAAGAAGAAGAAGAAGAGAUUGGCAGCUAGAGAAGCCAAGAUGUGAUUCAUAUGAUGAAAUGAAGUUAACUCUCAGGAUUGUUUUAAUGACAUUGUUGAAUCUGUGAGAGUUUUAAUUUUAAGCUUAAUAAAAUCAGAACAAUCGUUGAUCCGUUAUGGAUGAAGAUGGUUUAUGAAAUUCUGAAUGUUGUUAUGUGUUUUCUUUUUCUUUAAAUUGAAAUCAAACGGUUUUCUUUCAA